AUGGCCGACGCCGAACUCAAGAUGGCCGUCUCACACAGCGAGAGGAGAGACUCCAAGAGCGCCGGAGACACUGCGAUCCUCGUCCCAGAGAAGCUAUCGACCCAUAUCAGGCGAAAGUUUGAUCGACACGUCAUGCCUCUCGUCUGCGUCCUUUACGUCCUAUCCUACCUCGAUCGUGGAAACAUUGGCAAUGCCAAAACGGCCGGAGCCCAAGACGAUUUGGGACUCAGCGACUCCCAGUGGGCUUGGGUUCUGAACUCGUUCUACAUCUGCUACACGCUCUUUGAGUGGACGACUCUACUGUGGAAGCUCCUCCCAGCACACCUGUAUAUCUCGACUCUGUGUUUUCUUUGGGGGGUCGUCGCCACCUGCACCGGUGUCGUCAAGAACAUGGCCGGUCUCUGCGCCUGCCGAGCUGCAUUGGGUAUUCUCGAAGCCGCCUUUGGUGCCGGCGCUCCAUACUAUCUAUCACUCUUCUAUCAGCGCCGCGAAUUAGGCCUUCGUGUCUCUAUCCUGAUCGGAAUGUCGCCACUGGCAAACUGCUUUGCCGCCUCCCUCGCGUACGGCAUCUCUCAGAUUAACGCAUCUAUCGAGCCAUGGAGACUUAUCCUGCUUCUUGAGGGUGCUCCUGCCAUCAUUGUCGCACCUUUUGUCUACUUCUUCCUCGCCGACUCCGCCCAGAAAGCCAAAUUCCUGACCGAGGACGAAAAGGAGGCAGCAACCGCUCGACUCGGCACAAGAGACACCACCGAAAAGACAAAACUCAACUGGAAGCAAGUCACAGCCGGCCUCAGCGACUACCAGCCCUACGUGCAUGCCCUCAUCCACUUCUGCUGCAAUUACUCAUUCGCCGGCCUCGCCAACUUCCUCCCAACUAUUGUCCAGGCCCUUGGCUACAGCAGUAUCAAGGCUCAGGGCCUGACUGCCCCUCCAUAUGCAGCCGCAUUCAUCCUCUGUAUCGCAGCGGCCUUCUUCUCCGACAAGUUUGGACACCGCGGCUUCGUGAUUGCUGGCUGCUCAGCCAUGGCGGGUGUCGGGUACCUGCUCCUUGCCAUCGUCGAAGAUACCAACAGAAUGAACAUCCGUUAUCUUGGAAUUUGGUUUGCUGUCAUGGGAGUCUUUCCCUCGCUGACUCUUAAUAUUACUUGGCUUCUUAACAACCAAGGUGGUGAGACGAAGCGUGGCAUCGGAAUUGCAGUCAUCGCCAUCCUGGGACAGUGCAGUUCGUUUCUCAGCAGCGCCAUGUAUCCCAAGAAGGAUGCUCCUUUCUUUGUCCGUGGUUGCGCCAUCGGAUGUGCCCUCACAUUCAUGAUUACGAUUCUAUCUCUGGGCUUGCACUUCAAACUCGACCACGAGAAUCGCAAGAGGGACCGCGAGUUUGGGCCGGUCGAGGAUCAUGAGCAGCUAGACGUGACCCUUAUGGGAGACAAGCACCCCAAGUUCCGCUAUCUCACUUAA